AUAUGUAGCUUACAGAAAAAGUCAUCAACCUUUCUUCAUCAAAUACCCCGCAGACAACGGUGCCCAGCAACCUACACUGUGCCCAUUCCCAUGGGUCAGAAGGCUUGGAUAGAGAAGACCUUUUCAAAAAGAGAAUGCAUCUAUGUGAUUGCUAACAACAAAGACACUGGCAGGUGCUGUUGUGGCCAGCUUAUUAACCAACAUAUUCCACCUCCUCCAAGUGUAACUCAUAAAAAUGGUGAAGAAACAAAGCAAGUGGAAGCUCAGCCAGAAAAAUGGUCUGUCAGUAAGCACACCCAAACAUACCCAACUGAUGCCUAUGGAAACCUUGAAUUCCAAGGAGGGGGACAUUCAAAUAAGGCCAUGUAUAUCCGUGUGUCAUAUGACACCAAGCCAGAUUCUCUGCUGCACCUGAUGGUGAAAGACUGGCAACUGGAACUUCCCAAACUUUUAAUCUCUGUCCACGGAGGCCUCCAGAACUUCGAACUGCAACCUAAGUUAAAGCAAGUAUUUGGAAAAGGCCUAAUCAAGGCUGCCAUGACCACUGGAGCCUGGAUUUUCACUGGAGGCGUCAGUACAGGUGUCAUUCGGCAUGUGGGAGAUGCCUUGAAAGACCAUUCUUCCAAAUCCAGAGGACGAAUUUGUGCCAUAGGAAUUGCACCGUGGGGCAUUGUAGAGAACAAAGAAGAUCUGAUAGGAAAAGAUGUAACUCGGGUUUACCAAACAAUGUCAAACCCUCUAAGUAAGCUCUCUGUGCUCAACAGUUCCCACACACACUUCAUUCUGGCAGACAACGGUACGCUAGGUAAAUAUGGAGCUGAAGUGAAAUUACGACGGCAGUUGGAAAAACACAUUUCCCUCCAGAAAAUUAACACACGGCUAGGACAAGGUGUCCCUGUAGUUGGGCUCAUAGUGGAAGGGGGUCCUAACGUGAUCUCCAUUGUCUUAGAGUGUCUGCGAGAAGAACCUCCUCUUCCUGUCGUGAUUUGUGAUGGUAGUGGACGAGCAUCUGAUAUUCUGUCAUUUGCACACAAGUACUCAGAAGAAGGGGGGAUAAUAAGUGAAUCCCUCAGGGACCAGCUUCUAGUGACCAUUCAGAAAACUUUCAAUUACAGCAGGAACCAAGCCCAUCAGCUGUUCAUGAUUCUUAUGGAGUGCAUGAAAAAAAAGGAACUUAUCACUGUAUUUCGUAUGGGAUCUGAAGGGCAACAGGACAUUGAGAUGUCUAUCUUAACUGCUCUUCUCAAAGGUACCAAUGCAUCUGCACCAGAUCAGCUAAGCUUGGCUUUGGCUUGGAAUCGCGUAGAUAUUGCACGCAGCCAAAUCUUUGUCUUCGGACAUCACUGGCCACCCAUAGGAAGCCUUACAGCUACUGAUGGUACAGCCCCUGAGAAGGAAAAGAAGUCCCCAGCACCUCAGACUAAAGCAGCCAGAGGGAAAGGAAAAGGGAAGAAAAAGGGAGGAAAAGCAAAAGAAGAACCAGAAGAAGAGACAGAUCCAAGAAAACUUGAGCUUCUGAACUGGGUGAAUUCCCUGGAGCAAGCUAUGCUGGAUGCCCUCGUUCUAGAUCGAGUCGACUUUGUGAAGCUUCUCAUUGAGAAUGGAGUGAACAUGCAGCACUUCCUUACUAUCCCUCGACUGGAAGAACUUUAUAAUACUAGAUUGGGUCCACCGAAUACGCUGCAUUUGCUAGUCAGAGAUGUUAAAAAGGGAAAUCUUCCACCGGAUUAUCAUAUCAGCCUUAUAGAUAUUGGUCUUGUACUUGAAUAUCUCAUGGGUGGAGCUUAUCGCUGCAACUAUACCCGAAARAGCUUUCGGACUCUUUAUAAUAACUUAUUUGGACCAAAGAGGCCGAAAGCCCUUAAGCUGCUUGGGAUGGAGGAUGAUGAGCCUCCCACCAAAGGGAAAAAGAAGAAGAAGAAGAAAAAGGAGGAAGAGAUCGAUAUUGAUGUGGAUGACCCAGAAGUCAGCCGUUUUCAGUAUCCAUUUCAUGAGCUCAUGGUAUGGGCCGUGCUCAUGAAACGGCAAAAGAUGGCACUCUUCCUUUGGCAGCGAGGGGAAGAAACUAUGGCCAAGGCACUUGUUGCCUGCAAACUGUACAAGUCCAUGGCCCAUGAAUCUUCGGAGAGUGAACUGGUGGACGACAUCUCUCAGGAUCUGGACAACAAUUCAAAAGAUUUUGGCCAGCUGGCUGUUGAACUUCUGGAUCAAUCCUAUAAACAUGACGAGCAGGUUGCUAUGAAAUUACUGACCUAUGAACUGAAAAACUGGAGUAAUUCCACCUGCCUGAAACUGGCUGUGGCAGCUAAACACAGGGACUUCAUAGCUCACACGUGCAGCCAGAUGCUUUUAACAGACAUGUGGAUGGGGCGACUGCGCAUGCGGAAAAACCCAGGGCUUAAGGUUAUAAUGGGGAUCCUCUUCCCUCCCACCAUACUUUUUCUAGAGUUUCGCAGCUAUGAUGAUUACUCUUAUCAGUCUUCGAGAGAAAAUGAAGAGGGAAAAGAAAAGGAGGAGGAAAAUGUGGAUGCAAAUGUGGAUGCAGGCUCCAGGAAAGGAGAUGAAGAGAAUGGAAAUAAAAAACAAAGAAGCCUUCCAAUUGGAACAAAGAUCUAUGAGUUCUAUAAUGCACCCAUUGUCAAAUUCUGGUUCUACACAAUAUCAUACCUGGGUUAUUUGAUGCUGUUUAAUUAUAUGAUCUUGGUGCCAAUGGAACAGUGUCCAUCAGUCCAGGAAUGGAUUGUCAUCUCCUACAUUGUGACUUUGGCUUUAGAGAAAGUAAGAGAGAUUCUGAUGUCAGAACCUGGCAAACUGAGCCAAAAAGUGAAAGUCUGGCUGCAAGAAUACUGGAAUAUUACCGACCUAGUGGCUAUCUCAGUAUUCAUGAUAGGAGCAAUUCUUCGUCUACAGAAGCAGCCAUACAUGAGUUAUGGAAGAGUGAUUUACUGUGUAGAUAUAAUUUUCUGGUACAUAAGAGUACUAGAUAUCUUUGGUGUGAACAAGUAUCUGGGACCUUACGUCAUGAUGAUUGGAAAGAUGAUGAUUGACAUGCUCUACUUUGUGGUAAUUAUGCUUGUGGUUCUGAUGAGUUUUGGAGUAGCCCGCCAAGCUAUUCUGCACCCAGAUGAGAAGCCUUCUUGGAGACUAGCUCGCAACAUCUUCUAUAUGCCCUACUGGAUGAUCUACGGAGAGGUGUUCGCAGACCAGAUAGACCGUAAGAAUAGAAUUCAUACUCCGUGUGGGGACAACCUUUAUGACGAGGAUGGUAAACGCCUGCCCCCAUGCAUCCCGGGGGCCUGGCUCACUCCUGCUAUUAUGGCCUGUUACCUCUUGGUAGCAAACAUCCUGCUGGUAAACCUGCUCAUUGCUGUCUUCAACAACACCUUUUUUGAGGUAAAAUCAAUAUCCAACCAGGUCUGGAAGUUCCAGCGGUACCAACUGAUCAUGACCUUCAACGACAGACCCGUCCUUCCCCCACCAAUGAUCAUCUUCAGCCACCUCUACAUAAUUAUCAAGCGGAUCUGUUGUCACUGCAAGAAGCGUGAGGGAGACCAGGAUGAGCGUGACAGGGGACUGAAAUUAUUUCUGAAUGAUGAAGAGCUAAAAAAACUGUAUGAGUUUGAAGAGCAGUGUGUAGAAGAAUAUUUCCAGGAAAAAGAGGAUGAGCAGCAAUCAUCUAAUGAUGAACGUAUCAGAGUCACCUCUGAAAGAGUUGAAAAUAUGUCUAUGAGGCUUGAAGAAGUGAAUGAAAGAGAACAUUUUAUGAAAGCUUCCCUGCAGACAGUCGAUCUUCGGCUCUCUCAGUUGGAAGAGCUGUCCGGUCGGAUGGUUAAUGCCCUUGAGAAGCUGGCGGGCAUUGACAAGUCUGAGCUGACGUACACGCGCUCACGGGCUUCCUCUGAGUGUGAUGCUGCGUAUCUCCUAAGACAAAGCAGUGUCAACAGUUCUGAUGGCUACAGCACAUACAGAUACCACGUCAGUGGUGAUGAGUUAACAUAUGAUGACAGUAUCGCUCCUAUGUCACCAGCCCUGGGAUUGCGUAAAAAAGUCCUUUCUGCUGGUACAAAAGAAGAGGGAGCAGACCCAAAAAUGCUCCUCCCAGAACAUCAGACUGGUCUUCAUUAUGCAUCCAGUGCUAAUGCAGUCAAUAUAGCAGAUUACAAUAAAUCUACACUAGAAAUUGCACAGAAUGUUUCCAGACCCCGGUCUAGUUCAGGUGGUUUUGGUGAUGUAAAGCUGGGGAUGUUCAAAAGUGAUGAAAUGGUUCAUCAAAGGAUAAACCAGAUGGAUGUUAUGAACAGACAGUCAGUACCAAGAUCAGAGUAUCAGAACACUCAGUUAAAAUUAGCACGGACUAAGUUAGAGGCAGCCAUCUCUUAUCCCUUGGACAAAUCUAAAGCCAUGCGCUAUUAUCCUCCAGAAACUUUCAGUGCUUGUCAAACCACUAUGAUGAAGUCAAGGAGCUUUAUAUUUGCACAGGGUGGAAAGCUGGUUGGAGGAGUUAACAACUGGGCCACGGAGUACAGUACCAUCUUGGAUCAAGUGUGCCCUGCUACAGUUGAACAGUGGGCUGCAGAGUGGAAAUACGAAGUUGAGCAGCAGCUUUCCCAGGAACGUCCUCCAGAAUACCCUGGGUUUAGCUCUGAAGCAGAAAGGCAAGCAGAGCAGAAGCAGUUACAGACGGACACAGAUGAUGACAGUGAUGUUGGUGAAGCAGUUACUAAUACUUCUAACACCUCUACGCCUGCCACGGUCAAAACUGAGACAGAGAACUUACUAUCAGUAAAGCCAGAGAGGACUUACGAGUUCCCAUCACUACGAUCAAAAAGUUUGCACAGCCACUCUCGGAAAGCGAAGUCUAUAAAGGACAAAUUAAAUAGACCAGGACAUGCCAGCAGUGUAUCUAACCUAGUGGUAGCCUGUGGCAGUGCAACAGAAGAGCAGAAASCAAGGCAAGCAAAUCCAUCCACUGAAACUGAAUGUUAAAGUGGCUCUUGGCCCUUGUUUUAUCAGCAGUUGGGAAAGCAGUGUGGCUAAUUGGCCAAAUUAUUGAAUGGAGUGUUAAUGAAUUUCUGCCAAAGAAUUUGGCAUGUAUUUGUUUCCUCUCAUUUUGGACAUAAAUGUUCUGUUCUUGAAUAAAUACUUGCUGGAUCAGGUAAAUGGUAAUUGUCCUCUCAGGGACAGAUAUAAAAGCGGGCACAGACCUCGGCUAUUAAGGGUAUUGAUCUUUUUUGGUCCCAUUUCCAGUUCUCUCAUAAGCUUAUUUACUGGCAGGCUCUUCAUA